UGGUCACCAUCUGAUAAAUACUUUGCCAGAGUAACGCAAGGACAACAAGGACAGCAAGGACAACAAAUACUUUCGGUAUAUGAAACACCUAGUAUGGGACUAGUUGGUAAUAAAAGUAUCAAAAUUGAAGGUUUAGUUGAUUUUGAAUGGGCUCCCGCCUCUGAUAAAGAAAAGGAAAAGGAUAAACAUUCAGGAGAUAAGAAGCAAAGAGAGGAACUCCUUAGUUACUGGACACCAGAAAUUGGAAAUCAGCCUGCUCGUGUGACCUUAUUAAACAUUCCAUCGAAAGAAAUUUCGACAUUCUCUAAUCUCGAAAUCUUUAGGGUUCGUGAAAAAGAUAUUCCAGUUGAAGUUAUCGAAGUUAAAG